UGAUGACGAAAUAAAAAAAUGUUGAGACCAGGUAUAAAUACCACUGACAACCAGAUGAAGUUCAUUCGUCUACUCUCUUCUAAUAGAAGGUUUAACUAUUAGAAGUUGAAGUGCACUGCUCUUAGAACUGACAUCUCCCAGAACUUAUCUGAGCAGUUUAACUGAACCAUCACCAAGAAAAUGCCUUUCCAAACCUACAGCUUGUUUGUUCUGACUAUCAUAAUGAUUUAUUUUGGACGUGUUGAAAACAGAUUUAAUCUGCUUCAACUUCAAGAUGAUAUAGACAAACUGAAAGCUGAUUUUAACUCAAGUCAUUCAGAUGUAGGUGAUGGCAGACCAAUCUUUACAGGGAGAUUGUCAAACUGGACAGAGAGAAAUGAAAAAAGGAUCAUCCUGAGUCAGAUUGUUUCCAUGUACUUGAAAAUCCUUGAAAAUACUGACAAGUCAAAGGCGCAUGUCAGGAACAUAACUGAGGAGCUCUACACUCUGAAAGAAAGCCUUUCUGAUGGCUCAAAGAAGAUGGAAUAUCUCAAGGACCUGACAAAGCUUCAGGUGAAUGACUUGAAAAUUCAACGUAAAGCUGUGAAUGAGCUGUUCAGCGUCUUACAAAAACUGGGAGAUACUCCAAGUUCUUACAAAAGAAAAAGAAGCCAGUUUCAGAGGCAGUGCAAAUGCUAAUGCCAUCUUAUGUUCUUUUGUAUAAAUCUUGUUGUGACACAACUUUUUUAUUUUAAACUUUCUAUUGAAUUUUUAUACAUUU